UAGCACAUCUUCAUGUGUAAAGUGAAGCAGUGGCGUGACUUGGUGUCUACUGGGUCGGGUCGUCUUGACCCGCUGGUUCCUUCAUUUUUAGCCCCUUUUUCACAGCAGCUAUUUGAACUUUACUUAACGGGGUUUACUGACUGAUACAACUAUUUACCGCCUGUUCCAUUCAGUCUUUUAUUCCUCGAGCUGCUGUGAAACGCUGCAGACUGCAGCUCGGAUGUUUGGGAGGUUCAUCUGAAUACUUAAAGAAAUUAAGCACGGAUUAUCUGCUCUGGCCUGAUUUUACAGUAGAAGCCGGAAUGUGGGGGAAGACCCCUGGAAACCCGGUGAUAAAGCACUCAGAUGGACUCGAGUGAUUAAAAGUCAGAGCAGAGCUGAGUUCCACCCUGAUGGAGAAGAUGCAGGCCCAGGAGAUGAUGAGCGGCCUGAGGAUCCCGGAGAUGGAGGAGCUGGGGCAGUUCUUCCGCUCCCUGCCGACCUCCACGCUGGUGGGCAUCGGCGCUCUGACCGCCGUGCUGGCCUACUGGCUGGCCACCAGGCCGCGGCCCAUCACGGCGCCCUGCUCCCUGCUGCACCAGUCCGAGGAGGUGCCGCAGGAGGACGGAGGUCGCCGCUCCAUGAUGGGCGACCGCUCCAAGCUGCUGAGUCAUUACCAUGACGACGCCAGGACCAUGUACGAGGUCUUCCAGAGAGGCCUCCACAUAUCUGGGGACGGGCCGUGCUUGGGCUCCCGACUCCCCGACCAGCCUUACAAAUGGAUCUCCUACAAAGAGGUGACGGCCCGGGCCGAGUACCUGGGCUCCGGCCUCCUGCACCAGGGCUGCCGGCCCGACCCCUCCCAGUUCAUCGGGGUGUUCGCCCAGAACCGGCCCGAGUGGAUCAUCUCAGAGCUGGCCUGCUACACCUACUCCAUGGUGGUGGUUCCGCUCUACGACACGCUGGGCCCCGACGCCAUACGGUUCAUCAUCAACACCGCCGACAUCUCCACGGUCAUCUGCGACAAAGUGGACAAAGCCCAGGUGCUCCUGGACAACGUGGAGCGCAAGGAGACGCCCGGCCUGCGAAGGAUCAUCCUGAUGGACGCCUUCCAGUCCGACCUCGUCCAGCGCGGCGAGCGCUGCGGCGUCCUGGUGCAGGCCAUGCAGGAGGUGGAGGCUCUGGGGAGGGACCACUGCAGAACACCUGUACCACCAGCACCGGACGACCUGUCCAUCGUGUGUUUCACCAGUGGGACCACAGGGAACCCAAAGGGAGUGAUGCUGACUCAUGGCAACGUGGUGGCAGAUUUCUCAGGCUUCCUCAGAGUGACAGACAAAGUCAUUUUUCCCAACAAGGACGACUGUCUCAUCUCCUUCCUGCCGCUGGCUCACAUGUUCGAGAGGCUCAUCGAGUCGGUGGUGUACUGCCACGGGGGACGGAUCGGGUUCUAUCAGGGCGACAUCCGCCUCCUCCCGGACGACAUGAAGGCCCUGCGGCCGACCAUCUUCCCCGUGGUGCCUCGGCUGCUCAACCGCAUGUACGACAAGAUCUUCAGCCAGGCCAACACGCCGCUGAAGCGCUGGCUGCUCAACUUCGCCGCCAAGAGAAAAGGCGCCGAGGUCAGCAGCGGGAUCAUCCGCAGCGACAGCGUCUGGGAUAAAAUCUUCUUCAGUAAGAUUCAGGCCAGCCUCGGAGGGCGACUCAGGAUGAUAAUAACGGGAGCGGCUCCUACCUCCCCCAGUGUCCUGGGAUUUCUCAGAGCGGCUCUGGGAUGCCAGGUUUAUGAGGCGUACGGCCAGACAGAGUGCACAGCUGGCUGCACCUUCACCACACCUGGAGACUGGACCCCAGGUCACGUGGGGGCGCCGCUGCCAUGUAACCUCAUCAAACUGGUGGACGUUCCUGAGAAGAACUACUUUGCCUCCAAAGGAGAGGGAGAGGUCUGCGUGAAGGGGCCCAACGUGUUCAAGGGAUACCUCAAAGACCCGGAGAGGACGGCCGAGACGCUGGACGCGGCCGGCUGGCUUCACACCGGAGACAUCGGCAAAUGGCUGCCCAACGGCACGCUGAAGAUCAUCGACAGGAAGAAGCACAUCUUCAAGCUGGCGCAGGGCGAGUACAUCUCCCCCGAGAAGAUCGAGAACAUCUACAUCAGGAGCGAGCCCGUGGCGCAGCUCUACGUCCACGGGGACAGCCUGCAGUCCUGUCUGGUGGGCAUCGUGGUCCCCGACCCUGAAGUCAUGCCUGAGUGGGCCAAGAAGAAAGGCAUAUUCGGCACCUACAAGGACCUCUGUAAAAACACGGAACUGAAGAAGGCCGUCCUGGAGGACCUGGUGCGUCUGGGCAAAGCCAGCGGCCUGCACUCGUUUGAGCAGGUGAAGGACAUCUACAUCCACAGCGAGAUGUUCUCCAUCCUAAACGGCCUCCUGACUCCCACGCUAAAGGCCAAGCGGCCCGAGCUGAAGGAGUUCUUCAAGGAGAAGAUCGACCGGCUCUACGACAGCGUCUCCAUGUGAAGGCCGGCCGCUACGAUCCGAUCUGCUUUUUGACCCUUCACCUGCGGUGGGACGAAGAUGUGACACCUUUACCUGCUUCUGGAAAAGCAAGCCAAACCCGGUCCCACCACGGGAGAUUUAAGAUGCCCAGAUCAAAACAAAUCAAGGGGAUAAAGUGGAAUACCAUGCUUUUUGAUGUAUGUGAUGAAGCACAUGUUCAAAAGGUUGAGCCAGUUUAUCUGGAUUGUUCUUCAUGUGACAUGAUGUUCCAUGAAGAACAAAUCAAGGAACAGACGCCAUUACGUUUAACAAGGCCUAUUUCACUUUAUCUCUUAGUUGGAUUUGUUCAUUUUAAAGCUACUGUGAGGAACUUCUAACUGGUCCUGAACCAGUCUGACUUAGUCCUGAUGCUCUAUAAACUCAGUCCUGAUCCUCUAUAGACCUCCGCCAGAGAGGAGAUGGUCUGUUUCUAGAGAGUUCUUCUUGAUGAUGUCAUCGGUGACACCGGGUCAGACUGGUGAAACCAGAUGACAUCAUGCAGGUUCACCAGAACCUCCUUCAGCUCAAACACCGGCGGUUCCUCCAGCGGAGACCAGUCCACUGGGGGACAGACCAGAUCCGGCUUCACCGCAGCCUCCGGAGGGGGGAGGAGGACAGCUCAGCUCCUGGCAGGAGCAGCAGCGUCUCCUCCUCCAGGAGCAGAGCUCCUCCUCUCUGGAGACCCAGGACAGAGUACUGGACCCGCUGGAGGGUAGGGAGGCCCGGGAGAACCAGGACCAGGACUGCGGGUCAGGCCGUCAGACCCUGCUGCAGUAGGAUGAGAGGUUUCCUCUCGACUAACACGACUAAGAGUUCCUCGUAGUAGCUUUACGCCUUUUAAAUCUGACUUAAAUCCAUUCCUGCUCUCCACCCAAAAACACCAUCACAUGCUCCGCCCCCAGCAGCACCUUCACGUUGAACAAUCCUCCUGCACUUCUGAUCUGCUUCUUCUUCUGUUUAAACCCACCAGCCAAACGAAACCUUAAUCCACAUUUGUGCGACAGCAAGCGUGAUGUCUUUGUGUAAAGCGCAGGAGGUGCCUAACCCUGUGGGACGGAAGGAUGGACCCCACCCAUUUAAUCGAACCUGAUGCCCCCCCCCCCCCCCCCAUCUGACAGAACAGAGCUCACACCUUCAGUUUGACCCCCAAGCCACAGUCAGCCGCGAAAGCAGUAGCUGCCGCCAUACGUGAAAGCAGUAGCUGUCGCCAACACGUGACCGCCGCCACGUGUUGGCGCGCCCGCGAUCGGUGGCUUUAGGGUCGCAUGCUCCUCGAUUUACGUGGCGGACUGAAACAAACUGCGAGGGUUCGCACUCUGGCGGCCGGCUCGAUCGCAUCUUUCUUUUCAUCCGUCUUUGCACAACUAGUUCGUCAGGUGGAAGAAAUUCAAAACAGGAGAAAGAAGAAGAAAAAAAAAAAAAAGAUCCAUACCAGGGCUCAGGGCAAAGCAUGCAGUUUGCCCUGCGAUGCUAGCACCGUUAGCAUUUGACUUGUGGCCAUUACUAUAGCAGGUUGUAUGCAGCUGCCCACAGCCACCUCUGCUAGUGCAAGGCUUUGCGACGUAGGCGAAGCCCACGAGGAACGUAGGUCAACUUUUAAACAAAAUAAACACUUUUUUGGAGGGUUUACACAUAGAAGUAAUGUAUAGGCUUUUUAAGUUAAUUACCGUCCCAAAGCAUAAACAAAGUGGAUGUACAUAAACGAGGACAGCUAGAUGUAAGCAUAUUUAUUGAAUCAAUGAUUUGAAUGAUUUUUUCUCUCUCUCUUAUUGCGUGUAGUGAGAUGAAUUGUACCUAUUUAUUUAUCUAUUCUGCUAUAAAAUGGAAUCAGCACCAUAUCCUUGUAAUGAUUGGAGUGCAGCAAUCGGGGCGAGGGAGGGCGGGGAAUCGGACAUGGGGCAAUGAAAUAAAAAAUAUUCUGGAAUGAUUUUAAACAAGUGUCU